AUGUCACUCUCUCCAGCAUUUGUGAAGCCAUGGCUACCCAAAAACGAGCACCCCUCUAUCUUAUUCACCGGUGCUCAGUUGGUUGAUCCGGUAGACGGGCAGGUGCAUCCAAAUGCCUCCGUACAUAUCAAUCAGGGCAUUAUUCGGGCCGUCUCGAUAAUUGGGGAGCCCAUUGAAACUCCAGGAAACACCAUCAAUGUCAAUCUUGGGGGCCAAUACCUCUGCCCUGGCUUGAUUGACGCCCAUGUCCACAUUUCUGCCGUGCCAGGAGAGAUGGACUUCCGCCACAUCAUGGCAAUGCCGGAGUCUGAGGCUCUGUUGCGGAUGACCUACGUCUGUAGAGACAUGCUAUACAGGGGGUUUACUUCGGUCCGGGACUGCGGUGGAGCGCCUGGUUCGUUGAAACAAUCAUGCUCAGAAUGGCUUGUCCCAGGACCGCGCCUCUUUAUAAGUGGUCAUGCCAUCAGUCAAACAGGCGGCCAUGGCGAUUUCCGUCAUCAGCACGACCAUUCACACUGCUCUUCAAGCUUCGUCUCUGGUUUGGGUCGCGUAUGUGAUGGAGUGGCGGCUUGUAUUGCUGUUUCCCGGGACGAGCUCCGUCGAGGUGCAGACUUCAUCAAGAUCAUGGGUAGCGGGGGAGUGGUCAGCCCGACAGAUAAACUGGAGAACCACCAGUUCUCCCCAGAAGAGAUCCAGGCCAUGGUCAUGGUGGCCAAUAACGCGCACACAUACGUGACAUGCCACGCCUACAGCCCCCAGUCGAUUCGAAUCGCUAUUGAGAACGGAGUGCGCGGAAUUGAGCACGGCAACCUUAUAGAUAGUGACACUGCCCUAUUGAUGGCAGAGAAAGACUGCUAUCUGACACCGACGCUCGUGACAUUCUUCUCAAUGGGUGAUCCAGCGGUGGCGCAUUUUUUACCUCCGGACUCGCGCACAAAGAACAUUGACGUAAUGAAAAUGGGGCUCGAUGCGCUUCGGAUUGCCAAGGAGUGCAAUGUUACUAUGUGUUAUGGUUCGGAUCUUCUGGGUCCGCUGGGUAAGUAUCAGAACCGGGAAUUUGGAUUACGUUCACAAGUGUUGUCGGCUUUGGAUAUUUUGCAAAGUGCGACCAUCAACCCAGCUAAGAUGAUGGGUCAACCUCAAUUGGGCCAGAUCAAGCCCGGUUUCUUUGCGGACCUACUCAUUCUCAAAAACAACCCGCUAGACGACAUCACCGUUUUUGAGCGCUCUGAUGAGGAAAUCCAGCUCGUGAUGAAGGAGGGUCGGGUAUGCCGUAGUAGCAUUGAGGCCUUGCCUGGCCUUUUAGAUGAGAUCAUGCAUUUUUAG